AUGGCGGUUGAAGUCCGCCGUUCCAACGGCACGCGCCUCGAUGCGUCCCUAGGCAUCACUGAGCGCAUCGCGCCGAGCAUGGUCGCUUGGACUGGAGAUAUGCGCAAGAGAUAUACCGACUUCCAAGUCUACGAAAUCAAUAAAGAUGGAUCCGUCCUCCACCUCACAGAAACCCGCCUUCCCGCGCCGCCAAAGGAGAACACGCCGCCUCCACCAGCACCUACUCCUCCUGCUGCCCCCGUAGUGGAGGAGAAGAAGGAAGAGGAGCCGAAACCAGAAGAGCCAUCGCAAGACGGAGAGGCCGUCGAGAAGCCCGCCCCUGUCAUCCCCGAAGUCCCCGCCGAGGACAUCGCCCUCAUCGCCUCCCUCACAAACGACGACUUCGCCAACCACCUCGUGACCAUCUAUCAGACGAUAUCCGCCGACAGGACGGCCAAGACUGAGCCCGUCACAUCCCCCGUCAUGGACGACAAGGACAAGCGCUCCCAGCUCCACCAAAACGUCCGCCGCAUCUUCAAUUCCACCAUCGACACCACCACCGAUCCCACGGGCGCCAUCGUCGCUCGAGUCCCUCCCCCUCGCGGCAAGGGCAAGGGCAUGCGCGGCGGCCGCGACAACAACCGUGAGAACAACAAGCAAAAGAAGAAGCAGCCCAAGGCCGUCGCCCCCGGCGAGGGCGAGUACCUCCACUUUACCCUCUACAAGGAGAACCGCGACACCAUGGACGCCCUGCACCAAAUUUCCAAAGCCCUCCGCAUCAAACCCCAGGCCAUCGGCACGGCAGGCACAAAAGACCGCCGCGCCGCCACCACGCAACGCUGCUCCGUCCGUGGCCAGCGCGCCGACGCCCUCCUCCGCGCCCGCCUGUUCGGCGUCACCGUCGGCGACUACCGCUACGCCCAGUCCCCCAUCCACCUCGGCGCCCACAGGGGCAACGAGUUCGUCAUCGCCCUCAAAGACUGCCUCGUCGCCGGUAACCCCGACCUCCCACCGGCCGACCGCUCCUCUCAGAUCCGCGCCUCCGUCGAGGUCGCCAUGGCGAGCAUGCACAACCCGGGCUGGAUAAACUACUUCGGCCACCAGCGCUUCGGAACCCACGCCGUCGGCACCCACGAGGUAGGCCGCCUCCUGCUUCAAGGCGACUUUGAAGCCGCCGUCAACGCGAUCCUCUACUACGACGAGGCCAUUGCCCAACGCGCCCUCGCAGGCGAAGUCCCGGACCAAGGCCACGCCCGCGACGAGCUGAACCGCCACCGCGCCUGCAAGGUCUUCCGCGACGGCGGCUCCGCAGAGGAAGCCCUCUCCCACCUGCCCCGCCGCUUCUCCGCCGAGGCGUCCCUCAUCCGCCACCUCGGCCGGUCCACCGCCCCGUCCCGACGAGACUUCAUCGGCGCCCUCACGAGCAUCACCCGCGGCCUGCGCAACAUGUACCUCCACGCCUACCAAUCCUACGUCUGGAACCACGCCGCAAGCCACCGCUGGCGCCUCCACGGCAAGACCGUAGUCGAAGGCGACCUCGUCCUCGACUCUCCCACCGACGAAGACAACGAACUCGACGACGCAGACUCCUCCUCCGCCCCAGCCCGCGCCCUCACCGCAGAAGAAGCCGCCUCGGGAACCUACACCAUCCACGACAUCGUCCUCCCCUCCCCAGGCCACGCCGUCGCCUACCCCACCAACGCCGUCGGCGACUUCUACACCACCUUCAUGCGCGACAACGGAAACCUGAACCCGCACGACAUGCUCCGCCGCCACCGCGAAUUCAGCCUGCCCGGCGCGUACCGCAAGGUCGUCGUGCGCUUCCUCUCGGAACCUAGCUUCGAGGUCCGCGCGUACGAGGACGACGAGGAGCAGAUGCACCCCACCGACAUGGACCGUAUCCGCGCCGCCGCCGCCGCCGGUGCUGGGCGUAGUGGGAAGAAGCGGGGCCGUCAGGAGGGAGAAGAGGCCGGCGAAGAGCAGGAUGCGGCGAAGAAGGUCAAGACCGAGACUGAGGCCGUGACGGAUGUGGCAGUGACAGUGACAGUGGCAGAGGGCGAGGCCAAGGCGGAUGAGCAGAUGCAAGAUGCGCCAAAGCAGACCGAGGAAACGAAGCAGCAGUCAGAGGCUACCAACGACUCGAACGGUACCCCGUCGUCCCCCGAAAAGACAAAGACGGCUGUUGUAGUCACCUUCCAGCUACCAAAGAGCGCCUACGCGACCGUCGCGCUGCGGGAACUGAUGGGCGUCGACGAGUCCGAGGUCGCUGCGGUUCCUUUGGCUGCCCCUGUCCCUGAGGCUGGUGAUGCUACUACCACUGAUGCUGCGGCCCCUGCUCCUGUCGUCACUGAGACUGCCGGGGUCCCAGAGACUUCCGAGAUUACGGCUCCGGAAUCAUGA